AAUAAGACUUGGUGGAAGUCGCGCCCGUCGCCGCGACCUUAAGGCUGCAUCGACGGGACCAGAGACGAGCGGCGUGCGGCGAGCGGAUUGUGAAGGAGAAGGAAGAUUUUAACGAGGAAGAGUUGAAGGUAGUCUCAUCUUCUUCCAUUCCACUUCGCCUCCUAAAGUUUCUAAAUCCGGCCAUUCAUACUCUGAGAUGUCAGUGGAGGCCAAAUUCUUUCGUUUUCUUAAAAUUGUUGGCGUUGGGUUCAAAGCCAGAACAGAAUCAGAGGGUCGGCAACUGUUCCUGAGACUUGGUUACAGCCAUGAGGUGGAGCUGGAUGUCCCACCGGCCGUUCGCGCCUUCUGUUUCAAGCCGAACAUAAUUUGCUGCACCGGGAUAGACAAGCAACGGGUGCACCAGUUUGCUGCCACUGUUCGUAGCUGUAAGCCACCUGAAGUCUACAAAGGUAAGGGCAUAAUGUACAUUGAUGAAGUUGUAAAGAAGAAGCAAGGUAAGAAAUCCAAGUAAUGGAGUUUUGAGACAAAGAAGAUCUGGUUUAAGCAGCAAAGAUUGUUCCAUGAUCAGCUCUUUACAACGUUGUCUCCACUUUAGUGGUAAAUCAGUUGAAAAUUAGGAGUCAAAAUGUGUUUGAAUUAGAGAGAAAACUAUCUACCAACUCCUUUAGAGGCCUUGCAUAAACACUUCUCUUGAAAAUUAUUAUUUGAUCUGUUUGUUUACCAGAGAAGUGCCUUUUUGAAAUUAAUGCUAUAAUUUCUCAUACCUGCA